CCCCGCUGGCCGCCAUUUUAGCGUUUUGUCUGCAGCGUCGGCGCCGCGCGGAGGAGGCAGAGGACCGGGUUUUUGCUUUUUUCCCCCUUGUUUGUCGUGCGGGCCGAGUCGAGAUGGUGAAGCUGUUCAUCGGAAACCUGCCCAGAGAGGCGACGGAGCAGGAGAUCCGCUCCCUUUUCGAGCAGUACGGGAAGGUGCUGGAGUGCGACAUCAUCAAGAACUAUGGCUUCGUACACAUCGAGGACAAGACGGCCGCCGAGGACGCCAUCCGCAACCUGCACCACUACAAGCUCCACGGGGUCAACAUCAACGUGGAGGCCAGCAAGAACAAGAGCAAGGCCUCCACCAAGCUGCACGUGGGCAACAUCAGCCCCACCUGCACCAACAUGGAGUUGCGGGCCAAGUUCGAGGAGUACGGCCCCGUCAUCGAGUGCGACAUCGUGAAGGAUUACGCCUUCGUGCACAUGGAGCGGGCGGAGGACGCCGUGGAGGCCAUCCGGGGUCUGGACAACACGGAGUUUCAAGGCAAACGAAUGCACGUGCAGUUGUCCACCAGCCGGCUUAGGACCGCGCCCGGGAUGGGAGACCAGAGCGGCUGCUAUCGGUGCGGGAAAGAGGGGCACUGGUCCAAAGAGUGUCCGGUAGACCGUACGGGCCGCGUGGCGGACUUUACCGAGCAGUAUAACGAGCAGUACGGAGCGGUGCGCACGCCCUACACCGUGGGCUACGGGGAGUCGGUGUAUUACAGCGACGCGUACGGAGCGCUGGACGCCUACUACAAGCGCUGCCGGGUCCGGUCCUACGAGGCGGUGGCGGCGGCGGCGGCGGCCUCGGCGUACAACUACGCGGAGCAGACCCUGUCCCAGCUGCCGCAGGUCCAGAGCACGGCCAUGACCAGCCACCUCACGUCCACCUCGGUCGACCCCUACGAUCGUCACCUGCUGCCCACCUCGGGGGCCGCCGCUGCCACGGCCGCUGCUGCUGCGGCCGCGGCCGCCGCCGUCACCGCGGCGUCCACCUCCUAUUACGGGCGGGACCGCAGCCCCCUGCGUCGCGGCGCGGCCGCGGUCCCCUCGGUCGGAGAAGGCUACGGGUACGGGCCCGAGAGCGAGCUGUCGCAGGCGUCGGCGGCGGCCGCGCGGGGCUCGCUCUACGACGUGGCCCGCUACGAGCGCGAGCAGUACGCGGACCGGGCGCGGUACUCGGCCUUUUGAAGCUCGAGGUGGGAUGCGUUUGGGCUGAAACCCCGGGCUGCGGUUGGUUGUGUGUGCACGAGAGCUCCCCCGGCCAUCUCCGGGCCAGCCCCGC